AUGUUAUCUGAAGAAGAUCAACUAGAACUCUAUCAAUCGCGAGGCGACUACGUAUCCGCGUGCUUAUAUCUACUUGAUAUAUUCCGCGGGCGAAUAAAUGCUGAAAAGGAUUUCAAAGAACACCUUUCGCAGUAUCUUUCCGAGCAUUUGCGACAUCUUGUGGACCUGGCAAUGGACGGAUGCAAGGAGGGCAAAGUUUCGGAGCUUGUUGCGCAUUACAAAGUAAUGAGGCGGAUGUUGCAGGCUUAUAUAUCGAUACUUUUGACUGUAUCUAUAGGAACAAAAAGCUUUCACUGUUUAGUGGAGCGUGAUGUGAUAUCGCGGGCCAUUUUCCUCGAAUCCCUGGAUGAGUUUGUUUUGGACGGAUCUUUGGAAUCUCCACCUCCGGCACUUGUUUCGGAGUAUUUGAGUCACUUAGCCUCAGAAGGUCACUUCUCGCAACUCCAAGCAUCAGUUGUUCGCUUUCCGAUAGAAUGUAUUGAUAUACAUUAUGUCAUGUCUACCUGUAAACAAAAUGGUCUUUAUGAUGGUAUAAUUUAUGUUAUGAACAAAGCAUUUGGUGACUACUUGUCACCACUAGAGGAAAUGCUGUCUGAUGUGUCAUCUUUCGCAUCUCAUGAGGUGUUGUCGGAUGCAGAAGUGGAAAGAGGCAACCGUCUGCUUCUUUACCUGCAUUGCUGUCUUACUGGACACUCCUAUCCGUAUGGCACCCUUCCUCCAGAGCUAUCGCAUUCCAUUCCCGAGGAGGUCUACCGCUGCAUUACAUCACUAAAAGGAAAGGAUGGCACUUCGACGACUGCAAAUUACCCUUAUCUUCGCCUCCUGCUGCUUUUUGAUGCGCAGCAGGUAUUUCAUGAUUUCUAUAUCUGCUUCGGAAGUCAUUCUCAGUCGCGAUGCCAUAUUCUUGCUUGCAUUGUCAGUUCAAACAUUUUCAUAUCCCCGGGCAGCUUAAAGGCAGCGUCCCCCUCAAACUGGUGACU